AUGGCAGAACCGACGUACCACAAAGCCACCUUGCUUGGAUUACCCACAGAGCUCCGGCUUCAAAUCCUCGAAGAGGCCAUCGCCGUCCGCCAUGCGGCCCCGAAGUCGCCCUCGGACAUCCGAAACAGGCGCACACGUCACUAUCCGCACGGCUCUUUCUUGCCAGCCCGCGGCAACAUUAACGUAUACGCGAGGAGACGCAAUAUAUCGUCGGGCGGGUUUCUGGCGACCCGUACAGGCUUGACAUCAUGUUACUGGGCCAGUCUGGCCUAA